AUGGCAUAUCCAUCAAAAUUCACAGCAUUGGCUGAUAAAGAAAUCCUCUUGAAUAAUUACAAAGGUAAACGAUUACAAGAUUUACCUACACCAUCAUUUAUAAUUGAUAGAGAUAUAUUCCGGAAAAAUAGUGACAAGAUGCUUCACAAUGCGUCCAAGUUGAAUGCAGAGUUUAGGGCACACGUGAAAACUCACAAAUCCACUGAAGGAACCUUGUUACAACUAGGUACUGGAGCCUUGAAAACUGAUAGAGUUGUAGUAUCUACGUUAAUGGAAGCGUGGAAUCUAGUUCCAUUGGUGGAAAAGGGUCUUAUAUCUGAUAUGCUAUUCAGUUUGCCAGUUGUUAAAUCCAGAUUAGACGAAUUAGCGGACUUAAGUACAAAAAUUCCAAAAUUACGUUUGAUGCUUGACAGUCCAGAACAGUUAGAUAUCUUAACUGCCUACAACAUGUCAAAUUCUCGAAGUCAAAAAUGGUCUAUUUUCAUUAAGAUCAACAUGGGGACAGAUAGAGCUGGAUUGUUGAAUGACUCUGACUUAUUAAGCAAAGUCUUGACAAAGGCAUUAAAUGAUGAAGAGGUCAAGAAAAAUGUUGAGAUAUAUGGAUUUUAUUGUCAUGCUGGUCAUUCAUAUAGUUCAGAUUCUGAAAAUAAAGCCAAGGGUGUACUCAUUGAUGAAAUAUAUCACGCAAAUCAAGCUGCCAACGCAGCUAUUAAGGUCGACCCAAGUUUGACGAACUUAAAAUUAUCUGUAGGUGCAACCCCUACUGCCCACGCAUCUGAAAUAUUAACACAAGAAGAAUUAGAAAAUAAAUUAGGUGGUAAAUUAUCUGGGAUCUUAGAAUUACAUGCUGGUAAUUAUCCAUGUUGUGACCUACAACAAGUAGCUACAGGGUGUGUAAGCUAUGAAGAUGUAUCUUGUAAGAUCAUUGCGGAAGUCAUAUCCACUUAUCCAAAUAGAGGCUCUAAGUCGCCUGGUGAACAGUUAGUAAACGCUGGAGUUAUCGCUUUGGCUAGAGAAUUUGGACCCUUACCAGGCCAUGGUAGAAUCUUGGAGCCCCACCAGUACAACAAUUGGAUUGUCGGCAGAUUAAGUCAGGAGCAUGGCAUACUCACUCCAUUUGAUGAAGCAAAAGAAACCACUUUUAUCCCAUUGGGCACUCAAGUCAGUAUUAUCCCCCAGCACAGCUGUAUCACUGCAGCUUCUUAUCCUUGGUAUUUUGUGGUUGAUGGCUCUGACGAAGUUGUCGAUAUCUGGGUACCAUGGAGAGGUUGGUAA